AAUAUCAGAUAAAAUUAAAGUCCCACCACCCUGCUAUAAGCCUGAAAGUCCUAUUGCUCGAUCACUCACUGUUACCGAUGAUUCUCCAUCUGAAAGAAGAGCUACGCCGCCGCUGCCGGGAAGAGGAAGCGAGUGAGGCUGAUGGAGAAGGCAAUGGUUGCCGGGAAGAGGAAGCUAUUGAGACUGAUGGAGAACAGACAGAGGCAUAGCCUACAAUUGCUCCACGCAGAUGAUCGGGUCAAUUUUGUAUAGUGGUAGGGUUUUUAGAAAUUAGGGAUUUUAGAAAUUAGAGUUCUUGAUUAUACAAAAAUCCCUAAUUUCUAAAAACCCUAAUCUGGGAUUAGCUUCUUCUUUGUAUAAAGGUAGGGUUUUUUCUACGGCUCAUCGGUCAAUUUUGUAUAAAGAUGCAAGACCUUGGUUUGGACCCAAGCAGGCAUGCAUAUGAUUGCCUUGUUAGAGCAGUUGUUUCUCAAAGACAUUUUAAGGAUGGCAUGGAAAUAUUAAAGAAAAUGAAACAGAAUAAUUUGAAGCCACUUGAUUCAACUUUGGCAGCACUUUCAGUCAGUUGCAGCCGUGCACUAGAGCUUGAUUUAGCUGAGGCUUUCUUGAAUCAGAUUGCAGGAUAUCCACAUCUGUAUCCUUAUGGUGCUUUGCUUGCAGCAUGUGAUGAAAUGAAUAUCACAAGGAUGAGCAACAGAGUAUAGAUUUAUCUCCAGAAGAUUCCUGUUUUCCUGCAAGUUACCAUUUUCCUGUCGCUUUGCACUGCGCUCAAUUCAUAAUCGGAUACUAUGUGGUUCACCUUCGGACACCAUGUUAUUCUUCUAAUCUUUUCCAAAACAACUCGCAAAUUAAACCACAUUAUGAAUGCUCUGAGAUUUUCUUUUGAAAAAAAUGUGGAUGUUUUUACAUUGAGUUAGGAAGUUAAUCUUGUUCUACUUCCACGAGAUAAUUGUAAUCUUGUUAGCACUAUUGUCUUACCUGUUAAGUUAGUAUCUUACCUUUGGACCUAUUGUCUUUCCUGUUUUGAGAGCUGAAGUUGUUGAGAUCAUUUCAUUCUUAUAUCUGCCCAUAA